AUGAAGUUUGUUGAUGACGUCAACUCGAAUAUACAUUUCAUAUUGCUUUUCAGUCGACAAGGGAAAUUACGGCUGCAGAAAUGGUACACAACUCUCUCUGACAAGGAAAGGAAGAAGAUCACCCGGGAGGUUGUUCAGAUUGUGCUCUCUCGUGGUCAGAGGAUGAGCAGUUUUAUCGACUGGAAGGAACUAAAACUUGUUUAUAAAAGGUAUGCUAGCUUAUACUUUUGCUGUGCAGUAGAAAGUCAGGACAAUGAGCUCUUGACACUAGAGAUUGUGCAUCGUUAUGUGGAGUUGCUGGACAAGUACUUUGGAAAUGUCUGUGAGCUGGAUAUUAUCUUUAACUUUGAAAAGGCUUAUUUUAUCCUGGAUGAAUUUAUAAUAGGUGGAGAAAUUCAGGAAACGUCCAAGAAAUCUGCUGUCAAAGCCAUUGAAGAUUCUGAUAUGUUACAGGAGACCCUGGAAGAGUACAUGAACAAGCCGACGUUCUGACUGCACCUUCUCGAAGUCUCUGAGUGCUCCGUGCUCUGGCCUUGCAAAGAAGCAGCGACCCGCCUCCAGUCAUUGGACAGAGCCUCCAGCACCAUGCCAAAAACAACUUAAAAGGGAUUUUUUGUUAACUAGCAAAAUUGAAAGUUGUUUAACAUAUUUAUCAUUAUUACAUGCCUGUAUUAUACUGUAUAUGACUUAUUGUAGCUCUGGAUGUUCACAUAACAGCCUCAUGAUUCAGUAGAUUUGAACAUUUGUUUGCAAUGUGUUAACUCCAUGUAAUUUUCUAAGCUAAUUUAAAUACAUUUACUGUAGUAUGUU